GUUGGCAUUCUUGCUUCGUUUGCUACAAAAGAUCAACUUUCAAAUGUUUCUGUUGCCCAACAUCAUUUUGUCGCAAAUGUGUUCGAAAGGCUGAGUUUGGCCAAGUGAAAGGGACAAAAGGCUUUUGUGGUGAAUGCCUGAGAUUAGCGAAAUUAGUAGAAGAUUGUGCUGAUGAUGAUUCUGAUGAGGAAAAAGUAGAUUUUGAUGAUAGAAACACAUGGGAAUUCCUCUUCAAGGACUAUUGGCCCAUAGUGAAACGCCAAGAAGGGUUAACAAAGGAGAAUGUACGAUAUGCUGAUGCUCUUCUUAACGGGGUUUAUAAGGACAAGAACUGGUCAGAUCUAGACGUUUCUUCAGGACAAGACAUGUCUUCAGAACAGCCAGUGGAAGUUUCUGAUUCUGAGGAUGAUUGUGAAAUUGAAGAUCAUUCUUUGAUGCCUUUGAAGUGGAAAAGGGAUAGAAAAGCCAGAACGAGAAAAAAGUUGAAGUCAGAUAAGAAUAUGUUUGUUGGCUGGGGCUCAACGGUGCUGGUCAAAUUUCUUGCUGAUCUGGGAAAGGAAACAAAAGAACCUCUAGAAAAAUUUGAUGUGUAUGAGAUUGUUAGGGAUUACAUCCUGUCCAAGGGUCUUCUUCAUCAUGAUAAGAGGGGUAAAAAGUAUGCCAUUUCUGAUUCAACAUUGCACUGUCUGAUAAGGAGAAGGAAGUUCAAGCUUAGUCGACUAUACACCUUGUUGGAAAGGCACUUUGCUUCUAGUGAUGGUUCUUUAGAUGAAUUCUCAAGUGCCGAGGAAGAUGUGUAUGCCAAAUCAGGAAGAAGAAAAAGAACCACUAGAUGCGAUUCUAGAGUUAGAUGUCAUUCUAAAGUUAGAUGUGAUUCCAAAGUUAAACCUUAUAUAGAUCACCAUAAUGAGCUGCUCUUGGAACCUCCUAAAAGUUGCUUUGCAGAAAUAACCAGAAAUACUAUUAAAGCAGUUUAUUUAAAGCGAUCUUUAAUUGUGGAAUUACUGAAAGACACCAUGACAAUUGAAACUAAGAUUAUUGGCUGUUUUGUAAGAGUAAAAGUUGAUCCGAAAGGCUUCAAUGGUGCGCCUUGGAAGCUAUACCAGCUAGGCCAAGUUAUAGCAGUGAAAAAGGUUCCGCAAGAAUACACGUUUAAGGAGAUGAGUACAGAUAUAGUCCUCUGCAUUUCCAACAUAUCAAUGGAUGUUAAGAUAUGCAUGUUAUCUGAUGAUGACUUUGAAGAGGAAGAAUGCAAGGAUCUUCAUCAACUUGUAGAGACGGGCCUCUUUCAGAGGCCUUCUAUUGUUGAACUAGAGAAGAAAAUAAGUAUUAUUCACGAGGAUAUAGUGAAGCAUUCGAUCAAUAAAGAGCUUUUGAAGUUGGAUAAACUGAUUGAACGAGCAAAUGAAAAGGGAUGGCGCAAAGAACUAUAUGAGUACAUGGAUAGAAAAAAACUUCUAAGCAAGCCAGAGGAAGCAGCAAGACUUAUAAAGGAAUUGCCAAAGAUCUUGGCAGAUACGUCGGUGGCUGAGGAAAGUUCCCGCUCUUCACUGCAUAAUGUUGGAGAAAGCAAACAUGGCUUGCCAACAUUGCCAACACCUGGAGGAGGAUGACCUUAUGCUUAGAAGGAUUCAGACCUUAUAAGUGCGCAUGGAUGCCCGUUGUCUGCCAAAAGCUUAUAUUCCUGAUAGAAGGAAAUCUAUGGGACGCCAUCCUGAUUGUGGAAUCACUUAUAUAUAUAUUAUGGAUGUAUGUGUGUGUGUAUUAUGUUUUGUAUUCCAAGUUAAUUAAAGAAAACUGCCGUCAAGGGAUGUAAACUACUCUAUGGUGAAGCAAGUUGUGGAUAUGAGUUUAUUAACUGUUACUCUUUGGCUGUAUCAAGAUGCUUGAAUUUGGGUGAAAGGAAAUGAAAAAAAAAAAAAAAGUAAGUUUAUAUCA